AUGCAGAUCUUCGUGAAAACCCUCACCGGAAAGACAAUAACCCUGGAGGUAGAAAGUUCGGAUACAAUCGAUAAUGUCAAGGCGAAGAUUCAGGACAAGGAGGGCAUCCCUCCCGAUCAGCAGCGAUUGAUCUUCGCCGGAAAGCAGCUGGAGGACGGCCGCACCCUCGCCGAUUACAAUAUCCAGAAGGAAUCCACCCUCCAUCUCGUUCUCCGCCUCCGCGGUGGUAUGCAGAUUUUCGUCAAAACCCUAACCGGGAAGACGAUUACCCUCGAGGUAGAAAGUUCGGAUACGAUUGACAACGUCAAGGCGAAGAUUCAAGACAAGGAGGGGAUUCCGCCGGAUCAGCAGCGGUUGAUCUUUGCCGGAAAACAGCUCGAGGACGGCAGGACCCUGGCGGAUUACAACAUCCAGAAGGAGUCGACUUUGCAUCUGGUCUUGAGGCUCCGUGGUGGCAUGCAAAUCUUCGUGAAGACACUUACCGGGAAAACUAUCACCUUGGAGGUGGAGAGUUCUGAUACGAUUGAUAAUGUGAAAGCGAAGAUCCAAGACAAAGAAGGCAUUCCUCCGGACCAACAGAGGUUGAUCUUUGCCGGGAAACAGCUUGAAGAUGGGCGAACCCUUGCUGAUUACAACAUUCAGAAGGAGUCCACCCUCCACCUUGUUCUCCGUCUUCGUGGGGGUUUCGGAACUGUUUAG